CCAAACGCAGACGCGUCCUAACGUCGUCUUCAUCCGGGUUUAUUCGGGGCACCAGAAAAGAAGCGAACAAAACUACAAGAUUGCCAAGAAACUUCGUGGAAGAUGCGCCAAAGAAGAAAAUCCGAUCCCAAGGUUCGCCACAGAUUGUCACGUAUUCAUUGAAGUACCCAUUUUGAACCCUUAAUUUUUUUGGAAAGUAUUUCGAAUACUAAGUUUACCCUUCAUGCACCGAGAAUAUCAUUGGUGAGAAUUUAUCUUCGCCAAUUUUCAUUGUUUUGUUCAUCUUUAGUUUGAAAUUUAGCUCAUUACGAUCAUAGAAUCAUCAAUAUAUGUUGCAUUUUGAUUCGAAUUCUGUCCAUCUCACAGGACAAGGGUUUCGUUACUCCUAAACCGAAACCCUAGAUUCAAACCUUUGUCAUUUAAUCUUUGAGAUUUCGUCUCUGUGAAUAGUAGGUGUGAAUUUGAGGUACAAAGAUUGGAUAUGAAACCGUUGAGUGAUUUACAGAGUAAAACUCGUCCCAGAAUUCGUGGAAUAUUCAAUGGAUUCUGUACUCUGGUCAUACUUGUCUUCUUUUAUAAUCGAGAUGAUAUUCUGAGAAAUCCACUUCUCCGGCAAUCAUCUUUGUUUUCUGAUAAUCAAUGGAACUCAAGAAGUGGAUCAAGCCAUACGGUGGUAAUUGAACGGCGAAUGGUUGAAUUAAGUGUUAAUUCAACCAAUUCAGUUAAUGGGUCAGGUCCUAACAAUUUGGCUGUGAAUAACCCUGAAUUUUGUGCUGGAUUAUUUGAUCAUUUUGGUUACUCGAGUUGUUGUGAGUUCGUGAAAGCUCACCCAGAGUGCUCAUCUGGCGGAUUCUUUGAUUAUGUGAAGUUUUACUUUUGUGCUUGCAAUGGAAGUGCAUUUGCUUAUGUAAUCUUGUGUAUUUGGCUUGCUACAUUGUUCUAUCUUUUGGGUAACACUGCAGCCGACUACUUUUGUUGUUCGCUGGAGAAGCUGUCAAGUCUAUUGAAGCUACCUCCCACUGUUGCUGGGGUUACAUUGCUUCCACUAGGGAAUGGAGCCCCUGAUGUUUUUGCAAGUAUUGCUGCGUUUGCGGGGACGGGCACUGGUGAGGUUGGUCUUAACAGUGUGUUGGGUGGGGCAGUGUUUGUUACUUGUGUUGUUGUUGGGACUGUGUCUCUCUGUGUAUCUGACCAUGGGGUUCAGAUAGAUCGAAAAUGCUUUAUUAGGGAUAUUACUUUCUUCAUCAUUACUCUGAUGUCGCUUUCGUGGAUUCUGAUUGUUGGUAAGGUGAGCAUUGGGGCAGCCAUUGCAUUUGUAUCCAUUUAUGUGGUUUAUGCCUUUGCUGUUGCUGCUAAUGAGAUUUUGAGAAAACAUGUGAGGAGGUUGAAAUUGGAUGCUGUCACACCAUUGCUUCCAGUCAGAGGAAGUAUAUUUUCUCAUGGGGGCCAAGAGGAUGACUCUAUCUACAACUCUUUGCUUGACAUAGAGACAGAAAGUGAUGGAACCCAGUCACAUAGUUCUGUGCCGCAGUGGAUGUGGGCUUCAAAUGUUGCAAUUUAUUCAAACCAAGCAUUGAAGGUGCCAGAAAGUGAGUGGCAUUUGUGGGGCUGGCAUGAUGAGACUAUGGAAAUUGACCACCCCUCAUUUUCCUUUUCCAAAUUGUGUGCGAUUCUUGAGUUGCCAUUGACAGUGCCAAGAAGGCUAACAAUUCCAUUAGUUGAGGAGCAAAGGUGGUCGAGGGUGUAUGCUGUAGCCAGUGCUUCAUUGGCUCCAAUUCUUCUGUCGUUUCUAUGGAAUACCCAAGACGCUGUGGGUUCUCAAAGUGGAAAAGUUGCCUACUUUGUUGGUGUUUCAGCUGGUUGUACACUUGGUAUCCUUGCGUACAAGUACACUAGAUCAGAUCAUCCACCUCAGAGGUUCUUAUUUCCAUGGGUUGUAGGGGGGUUCUUGAUGAGUAUUGUUUGGUUCUACAUGCUUGCUAAUGAGCUUGUUGCUCUAUUGGUGGGAUUAGGUAUAUUUAUGGGGGUUAAUCCAUCAAUCCUUGGAUUAACUGUUUUAGCAUGGGGGAACUCAAUGGGUGAUCUGGUUUCCAAUGUUGCAUUGGCAUUGAAUGGCGGAGAUGGUGUGCAGAUUGCAUUUUCUGGAUGCUAUGCAGGUCCAAUGUUUAAUACCCUUAUUGGCCUGGGGAUUUCAAUGUUGAUUGGAGCAUGGUCAGAGAAACCUGGUUCAUUCAUAGUUCCACAGGACACGAGCUUGUUUUACACUAUGGGAUUUCUCAUGUUAGGACUCAUUUGGGCACUUGUUCUUCUACCCAAGAAUGACAUGCUUCCAAGCAGGCAGCUUGGAGCGGGCCUUAUUAGCAUCUAUUUGAUAUUUCUCUCUGUUAGAGUGAGCAGUGCAAUGGGAUUCCUUUCCCUAAGCUGACUUUACGUUCAGAAUUUACUUAGGAAGAGAAGGUAAAUCUGGUAGAUAUCAGGACCCUAGGCGUUGGAUUGAAUGGACUGAUUAAAUGCUGUGCUUGAAAACAGAUAUCAUCAGGGGUCAGGAGGACCAAAUAUUUCUUGUGGCGGUCACAUGGCUGCUCCUUGUUACUUACAGUCAGUAAGGAGAUAUCCAUUGUUGUAUGUGGAGACAGUGUAUAUGAGCAUGCACAGAGAGGUUUCUUAAACGAGUAAUGUCCUGAAUUUUGAUGGUGUAGUAUGUUUAAAUUAUAUUCUAUUUGGGUCAUAUUGUGUUUGUGUAUGUAUAAAUUGUGUCAUAUUGACUUACUAAUCAAUUUAGGCC